CAAGUGGUCAAAUGUUUGGUCCACAUCAAAAAAUUAUUCUUCAUCUUUUAGAUAUUCCAAAAAUGGCAGAUGCAUUAAAAGGUGUUGUUAUGGAAUUACAAGAUUCAUCUUACCCAUUAUUAGACAGUGUUGUUGCUACAACCGAUGUACAAACUGCUUUCCUUCACAUCAAUGUUGCCAUUUUAGUUGGUGCUUUCCCACGUGGUCCAGGUAUGCAAAGAAAAGAUUUAUUAAAGGUUAAUGUUUCAAUUUUCAAAGAACAAGGUGAAGCACUCAAUAAAUAUGCUUCAAGAGAUGUUAAAGUUUUAGUUGUUGGUAACCCAGCCAAUACUAACGCACUUACUGCUUUAACCAAAGCUUCAGAUUUACCAACUGCAAAUUUCUCUGCACUUACUAGAUUAGAUCAAAAUCGUGCUCAAUCAAUGAUUUCUGAAAAGGUUGGUGUUAGUGUCGAAAAUGUAAAUAAUGUUAUUAUUUGGGGUAAUCAUUCAUUAACUCAAGUACCAGAUGUUAAUCACGGUUAUAUUUCAAAUUAUCCACAAAGAGAUUUAGUUUCACCAAUUAAAUCAGCAGUUGAGGAUGAAAAAUGGUUAAAUGAACAAUUUAUUCCAUUAGUUCAAAAUAGAGGUGCUGCAGUUAUUGCCGCUAGAAAACUUUCAUCAGCUGCAUCAGCUGCUAAUGCUAUUGUUGGUCAUAUGAGAGAUUGGUUAUUAGGUACCCGUGAUGGUGAAGUUGUUUCAAUGGCUGUUUAUUCAGAUGGUUCAUACAAUAUUCCAAAAGGUUUAAUUUUCUCUUUCCCAGUUACAUGCAGACAAGGUCAAUGGUCAAUUGUUCAAGAUCUUAAAAUCAGUCCAUUCAUUCAAGCUAAACUUGAAUUAACAACAAAAGAAUUAGAAGAAGAAAAACAAGUUGCACUUUCAUUUUUAAACUAAAAAAAAAAACAAAUAAAUUAAAAUAAAAAAAAAAUUAAAAAACU